GUCAAUUAAAAAGAAAUGGAUUGGAUUGUUUCUGUUUCAAUACUGUUCUUAUCUACAGUUAUGAUUAUGCUCCUUUUCAAAAUGGGCAACCCCUGGAAAAAGAGCUCCAAAGAUUUUCCACCAGGACCCAAGCCUUUGCCUAUUGUUGGAAACCUUCAUAUAAUGGAUCUGAAGAAACCUUACCAGACAAUGUUAAAGCUAUCAAAGCAGUAUGGACCCGUGUUUAAAAUCCAACUGGGAGUCCAGAAAAUAGUGGUGCUAACAGGAUAUGAGACCAUAAAGGAAGCUCUGGUGAAUAAGGCUGAUGUGUUUGCUGAGAGGGCCCCUGUCCCCAUAUUUGAGGAGUUUUCAGGGGGUUUUGGAAUAGCUUUAUCCCAUGGUGAGAACUGGAGGGUGAUGAGGCGUUUCAUGUUAACCACAUUACGGGACUAUGGGAUGGGUAAGAGGUCUAUAGAAAGCAAAAUAGCUGAAGAAUGCAGUUUCCUGGUAAAGAAGUUUGAAUCUUAUAAAGGAAAACCAUUUGAAUUCAGAAGAAUCAUGACUGCAGCUGUUGCCAAUAUCAUAGUAUCCAUCUUAUUUGGGAAGCGAUAUGACUAUGAAGAUCCACGUUUUAUUAAAUUAUUGAGCUUGGCAGCAGAAACUGCCAUGCUUAUGGGAAGCCCAGCAGUGCAGCUGUAUAACAUGUUUCCCAUGUUUGGCUUCCUUUUUGGCGCUCGUAAGAAAAUCCUGAAGAACGGAAGGGAAUUUAAUGCUUUUGUCAAUGAAAACUUCAUCCAAUGUCUCAAUAAUCUGGAUGAGAAUGAUACAAGAAACUUUAUUGAUUCAUAUCUUGUACAACAGCAACAGGAAAGGAAGAUCCAGAACAAUGGGUAUUUCCACCAUAAAAAUCUAGAAGAGUCCGUGACAAAUCUAUUCUUGGCUGCUGUUGAAACAAUCUCAAGCACUCUAUUUUGGGCCUUUACUCUAAUGAUGAAGUACCCUUUAAUUCAGAAAAAGGUCCAAGAAGAAAUAACAAAUGUUGUUGGCUAUGCUCAACCAAGAGCCAAACACCGAACAAAAAUGCCAUACACAGAUGCUGUAGUCCAUGAAGUUCAAAGAUAUGCUGAUGUUGUUCCCUUAAACAUGCCCCAUGCAACUACAGUGGAUGUUACCUUUAAGGACUAUUUCAUUCCGAAGGACACCCAUGUCAUUCCCUUGCUGACGUCUGUGCUCCGUGAUGAAUCUCAGUGGGAGAGACCUCAUGACUUCUACCCUGAGCAUUUUCUCAACACUGAAGGAACAUUUAUAAAAAGAAAUGCAUUCAUGCCUUUCUCUGCCGGUCAGAGAGUAUGUCCAGGUGAGACCCUUGCCAAAACAGAAAUAUUCAUGUUCUUUGCUAGUCUUCUGCAGAGAUUCACCCUCCAGCCAGCUCCUGGAAUAUCAAAAGAAGACCUGGACAUGACCCGUGAAGUUGGGCUUACCACACCUCCGAAGACUUACAUAUUAUGUGCUCUACCACAGGUGAGUCCUGAGGAUGAGGAUAGCUCAGACUCCUCAUCUUCAGGGACUUAUGGCAGCUGUGCCUACUGCUUACUAGACAGCCCAACCUCAUCUAAAAUGGAUUGGACUCAACUUGUUCCUGUAUCACUCUUCUUUAUUCUUCUGACUGUAUUCCUUUUGAAAACGAACAGUUUCUGGAAUAACAACUCCCAAAAUCUUCCACCAAGACCAAGAAUUUUACCCUUUCUUGGAAAUCUCCACAUUAUGGAUAUGAAAAGACCACACAGAACAAUGCUAAAGUUAUCAAAAGUAUAUGGCCCAGUCUUUAGGAUUCAACUGGGAUGCCAGAAAAUAGUGGUAUUGGCUGGAUACAAAACAGUGAAGGAAGCUCUUGUGAAUCACGCUGAUGCAUUUGCAGAGAGGCCAAAUAUCCAUCUUUCUGAUGAAAUUCAUGAGGGCUUUGGUAUCCUUUUUUCUCAUGGGGAGAAUUGGAAAGUGAUGCGCCGCUUUACUUUAUCUGCACUACGGGACUAUGGAAUGGGCAAGAGGAGUAUAGAGGAUAAAAUAAUUGAAGAGUGCAGGAUCCUGAUAAAGACAUUUGAAUCUUAUGAAGGACAACCAUUUGAGAAUGCAGCAAUUAUGAAUUCCGCUGUUGGCAAUAUUAUAGUGUCCUUUAUACUUGGCAAGAGAUAUCAAUAUGAAGACCCCACAUUUCAAAGACUAAUAAACUUAAUCAAUGAAAAUGUCCGGCUUGCAGGAAGCCCUUCUGUUUUGUUCUAUAAUAUGUUCCCCCUGUUUGGCUUUCUUUUUGGUGCUCGUAACAUACUUCUGAAUAACAAAAAGGAAUUGUUUGGUUUCAUAAAGACCACUUUCAUAGAACACCUCAAAGUUCUGGAUGAAAAUGAUCAGAGGAGCUUUAUUGAUUCAUUCCUUGUCCGACAGGCAGAGGAGAAGAGAAACAAAGCAGAAAGGUAUUUUCAUAAUGAAAACCUAACUGCUGUUGUGAAUAACCUAUUUGCUGCUGGGAUGGAUACGACUUCAACCACAUUGCGCUGGGCCAUACUACUAAUGAUGAAAUAUCCUGACAUUCAAAAUAAGGUCUAUGAAGAAAUUUCAAGAAUCAUUGGGUCUGCUCAGCCAAGGAUUGAACAUCGAGCAAAGAUGCCUUAUACUGAUGCAGUUAUCCAUGAAGCUCAAAGGUUUGCUGAUAUUGUUCCAGCAAAUGUAGCACGAGCAACUACAGUAGAUAUAACCUUCAAAGGCUUUUUCAUUCCAAAGGGCACGCACAUCGUUCCCUUGCUGACUUCUGUGCUCCAUGAUGAAUCCCAGUGGGAGAAACCUCAUGAAUUCUACCCUGAGCAUUUUCUUGACUCUGAAGGAAAAUUUGUGAAGAGGGAUGCAUUCAUGCCUUUCUCUGCAGGUCGGAGAAUCUGCUUAGGUGAGACCCUUGCCAAAAUGGAGCUCUUUCUGUUCUUUACCAGCCUCCUGCAGAGAUUCACUUUCCAGACACCCCCUGGAAUAUCGAAAGAAGACCUGGACUUGACACCAGCAAUUGGGUUUACAGCUCCUCCUAUGCCUUAUAAAUUGUGUGCUCUGCCUCGUUCAUAACAUGAAUCAUAAUGUUAGUUUCUAGAGUCCUUCACUUCCAAAUGUGUAUUUGUGACUUUUUCAAUCUUCUCUUCUAGCCAGUUUCUUGGUGGAAACGUGCCAUGAUUAUUCAUACAUUUUAAAGCUUACAUGCCGCUUUUCAAAGCACAAAAAAAGUGUGAUUUUGAGAUAAAAGGUAGAUUAAAAAUGGAUUUUAGUUUU